UUGCCUCUGAGAACAGUGGCAAAGAAGUUUGGCAUGUGCACCACUGCGUUCAAGAAGUUAUGUAGAAGGUACGCGAUCGCCAAAUGGCCACAUCGUCAACUUCGAGGAAUCGACAAGAAAAUCGCAGCACUCAAAGCAGAAAUGAAUUAUUCGAGCAUUGAUAAGAGCUCUGCA